ACUCUCCCGCAGAUAUAAAUAGGAGGUGGAUUUUUUUACUCUACUCAUUUCUCCUGAAGGAUGAGAUCCCUGAAACACCUCAAACAUCACUCCAGGAGCAAUGUGGAGGAAGAAAGUAGCUGUUUGGUGCGAACUUUUCCAAAGAUGACUGAAGCCCACAUGGAUGUGGGCACACAAACAGAGCCUGUGGUGGUGUUAUCACUUGCUCAAGCUGCUGUUCUUGGACUCAUCUCCCAGAAUGAAAUAUUUGGGGCUACCAUUGCCCCAAAUGGCUUUUACACAGGGGAGCCAAAAGAGUGUCCUCCUCCUCCUCCUGAGGCAGCGGAGUAUGAGUAUGCUGACCAGCUGAUAGGUGCUAACGGGGACUACCUGCCCGAGCCUGCUGGUGAGCAGGAGCCCCAGCCGCACUGCAGCGAGAGAAGACGCCCUGGUCCCCGUGGGAGAACCAAGAGGCUGAGGAGCAAUGGGGAGAUAGAACCUCCCCAGCACAAAGACGUUGCUCCACAGGCUCAGGUUAAAGGUGAAAGACUUGAUUUUGACGCCUCUCCUUCCUGCAUUCACAUGAAUAACAGACACUCGUCCAGCAAGUUAGAGGAUUCAAUCACCCAUCAUGCCUCUUUGAAAGAGGAACAGACCUGUGGAAACUGUUCAUCAUGUGUGAGAGAUACGCCCAUCCCACAGACAGACGGACAGACAGAACUGGAGCAUGAAGACAGUUCUGUUAGGGAGAAAGAGAGGAAGGAAGAAGAGUUAGUGGUAGCAGAAGAAGAGGAAGAGGCACUGAACCUAAAGACAACUGGAGAGAAUAGUAGUCCUCUGGAGAAUCGUUAUUAUGAUUCCAAUGAGGUGACCUACGAGUCUGCUGACAUGCCGAUGCAAGGAGAAUAUGAGGAGAAUGGCCAGGCACAGGCCAUGCUGUGGUCAGACCCAGAGGGGCUCGCCAGACGAAUGCAGAUUGACAGACUGGACAUAAAUGUACAGAUUGACGAGUCUUACUGUGUUGAUGUAGGAGAGGGUCUGAAACGCUGGAAAUGUCGUAUGUGUGAGAAGUCCUACACGUCUAAAUAUAACCUUGUCACUCAUAUCCUGGGUCAUAAUGGAAUUAAGCCUCACGAGUGUCUGCACUGCGGGAAGCUUUUCAAGCAACCGAGCCACCUUCAAACUCACCUGCUCACUCAUCAGGGGACCCGACCCCACAAAUGCACAGUGUGUGAAAAAGCAUUCACACAGACUAGUCACCUGAAGAGGCACAUGCUGCAGCACACAGAUGUUAAGCCUUACAGCUGCCGCUUCUGCGGCCGUGGCUUUGCCUACCCCAGUGAGCUGAGAACCCAUGAGAACAAACAUGAAAACGGUCAGUGCCAUGUCUGUACCCAAUGUGGGCUUGAAUUUCCAACCUAUGCCCACCUGAAACGUCACUUAACCAGCCAUCAGGGUCCGACUACGUACCAGUGCACAGAAUGCAACAAAUCUUUCGCAUAUCGGAGCCAGCUGCAGAACCACUUGAUGAAGCAUCAGAACGUUCGACCCUAUGUUUGUCCAGAAUGUGGGAUGGAGUUUGUGCAGAUCCACCACCUUCGACAGCAUGCCCUCACCCACAAGGGCAUGAAAGAAUUCAAGUGUGACGUGUGUGCCAGAGAGUUCACUCUGUCAGCCAACCUGAAGAGACACAUGCUGAUCCAUGCCAGUGUGAGACCCUUCCAGUGCCACAUCUGUUUCAAGACCUUUGUCCAGAAGCAAACCCUCAAAACGCACAUGAUCGUCCACCUUCCCGUCAAACCCUUCAAAUGCAAGGUCUGUGGGAAGUCAUUCAACAGAAUGUACAAUCUGCUUGGCCACAUGCACCUCCACGCUGGCAGCAAGCCCUUCAAGUGCCCUUACUGCACCAGCAAGUUCAACCUGAAGGGCAACCUGAGUCGACACAUGAAAGUUAAGCACGGCAUUAUGGACACCACAAUAGAUGGACAUGAACCCCCCCAGGAGACAGAAGGCCAAGAGGAGUAUGAAGAUGAGAGCUUUGAAUUCAGUGAGCGAGAAAACCGCGCCAACAACAACAACACACCCGAUGUGGCCAAACUAUCUCAAAUGGAGUACUACAGCAACUAUGGGAAGGGUGCAGGGCGCUUUAGUGCAUCAGGGAUAGUACCAAGUACCCCAAACUGAACAUGUGCGUGAACUCAUUUAACUUAGGUUUGUUUAUUUUGUUUAAUUGCUAUUAAAGGCAAAAUGGUUAAGUUCCUCCCUAAAGGGAUAGCUUGUGUUUUUUUGAGGUUCUUUGAAAUUAUCAGCAAUAGUUUCAUUACCUGUAAUUCAAAUGUUGUGUCACUGAGUUUGUAGAAGAAUAAGGAAACUAUCAGAGCAAUUGAGAACUAAUAGCUGGCAACAUACUAGCUGAUUGAGUAUUUCAGACGAUUCUUAGCAACUUUAAACCUAAAAAUCUGUCCACUGAGGUACAGAUGUACAUAUGUAAAACAUCUACACUUUUACAAGAGACUGUUGUUAAAGCCAGUAACUUAAAUGUUCCUGUGCACAGGAUGCAGGCGGAUCAGGUGGAUGACACAGAAUCAAAGUAACUUAGUGUAGUAGAACACGUGUCACUCAAUUGAGAAAACAAAGACAAACUUAACACCCACCCUGAGAAAGUGUAGAACGUUGAUAUCUCCUAAUAUAGUGCUGUACCCCCUAGGUUGAAGUUAUCCUCAGUUAAAGUUGUAUUAAAGUGCUGCAAUUACUGGUAGUCAAAAAAAAUUAGUCUACAAUCCCACUGAGGUUUUCUUUACUUUAUGACAAAGUUAUUGCAAUAUAGAUGAGACCUAUGUGCUACAGGUAGAGAAACCAUUGCAGAUAACAUGAAAAAACCUAACUUUAAAAAAAUCCCAACAAUCCUUUUGGGAAUAUGAGGAAGCCCAGCAAACUGCACAUUAAUAUGCACUGGAAUCACUCAAAAUCUGCAAAAUGUGAGAAGAAAAAAAAACAACUGAUUAUUAAAGGUUAUGGGAAAAAGGAGUAUAGAAGUAUUUAAGUGAAAAAUGCUACAAGAUCAACAAGAUCAUAACCUGAGCCCUAAAAUAAAGUACAUUUUUAGCUAGAGGAAAUGCAUGUUACAUUGCAGUUAGACAAUCCGUGUGCUGAGGUUUCACCAGUGUGAGCUGUGAGGGAAGGGAACAGGUGCUCUUUCACCUACCAAAGCUUAUCAAAAGGUUAAUGAUUCUCUUUGAUUUAUACUGUGAUAAAAAAAAAUAAUAAUUAA